AUGAAGCCCCCGGUGGUUACAGCAGUGCUGGUAGUACUGGUGCAGGUUUCUCAGAGUUUCCCUGCCUUGUACCACCGAGGCUGGUGGAGGCUCUUAAAGGAAGGAGAUAGCUGUGGAAAAUGUGAUUUGGCACUUUGCUCUGAGCCAAAAGACUGUCUGGCUGGGACCGUAGUGGACCACUGUGGCUGCUGUUCUGAAUGUGGGAAUGUGGAAGGUCAGAUCUGUGACUUGGACCAGGGCAAUCAUUUUUAUGGGCAGUGUGGGGAUAACCUCGAGUGCAGGUUGGAUGCCGAUGAAGCCAGGUUUGGGGAAGUCCCUGAACCCCAGUGUGUGUGCAAGUCUCAAGAAAGCAUCUGCGGAUCUGAUGGGAAAACCUAUGAGAACAUCUGUCAAUUCAACAAGGCUUAUGCAACUAAAAGAAAUAUCAGCAUGAAACACAAAGGACCAUGUGAAUCAGCUCCUGUGAUUUCUAUGCCACCCCAAGAUGUCCAGAAUUUCACAGGCAACGAUGUCAUUUUUGGCUGUGAGGUGUCAGCCUAUCCUAUGCCACACCUUGAAUGGAAAAAAAAGGGGAAUAAAAUGUUUUUACCAGGAGAUGACGCCCACAUCUCAGUUCAGGCCAGAGGUGGACCUCAGAAGUACGGUGUGACUGGCUGGCUGCAGAUUCAAGGCCUCAAAAAAUCAGAUGAAGGCACCUACAUCUGCCAUACCAAAAACAAGUAUGGUGCAACAUACGCCUCUGCGAGAUUGAAAGUCAUUGAAGGUUCACCUUCUGCUUUUGCCUUAACUGCUGGCAGUAGAAGUGCAAGCUAUGACACUGACUAUGAGGACUACUAUGGCCAUUCUGACGAUGAGGAUGAGGAAGAAUAUGAAUCUGGGGACUAUGAAAACUGAAACAGCCCUGAAUAACUAUUUCUGUACGUGUGUUGUCAGACACCUUUCACACUGUUAUAUUUACUUGUACUCCCUGUGCUGUAAAUAGCUUCUCUGAUAACACUACACUCGUGUGUGCAUCCCACCUCCCUGAAAUCCAGCUUUGGCUGAAGUGUAUCAUGAUACUUACCUGAAAUAAGAACAGUUUUAAGUUCACACAUUUAGACUGUUCAAUAAAAUUCUUAAGCACGUACCCAGUAAGUGCCCUGAAAGGAUCCAAUUUAAUAUUAAUUUUUUAAAAUGUAUAUUAUUCUAUAGUUUAACAUUUUUAAUUUUUUCCAACAACAACAAAAAAAAUGCCAGCAGUUAAACUAAAUUUCUAAUUUGUACCACUGUCCUAUUUUUAUUUAUAUAUGUGCCAGACACAUGGAGAAACGGUAUUUGGGACCAGCAGUAAAUUAAUGAGAGACUUCAGCAACAAGUAAGGGAGCAAGAGUUCAGGCACCUCAAUUUUAACCCUCAUUAUUUGUAAUCUUCUUUAUCAAAUGCACCAAAACACGCAGUGAUUGCUGCACACACCUUGCAGAGUGUUUAAAAUGUAUAUACAAUGCAUCACAAACACCUCCAUUAAUGCUGUGCUGCUUUCUGCUUUUCUUUGCCAUGAGACAUUCUUCUUCAAUAUAAACUACAUUAGGAGAUUGGCUAUAGACUGUGUUUGCCCCGAGGUAAUAUUGAUCUUUGUACAGGUAAGAAAA